AUGCCAAUUCUCUGACUCAACCCACUAAAUUAAAUGAUCCACUCCUAUUAGCCGAGGCCCCUGAGAGGUACACUUCAUUGGUUGAAUAUUAUUGACUCCACCCUAUGGACACACUGUGCUGGUGCAAAGGUUGGAAUAGAGGAAAAAAUUAACUGUACCAAGUUCUACCUCAUUUACAGUGAACUCUAACCUGAUAUAAAACAGAAAAGAAAAUGGAUCCAGUUCUUACAUUGCCUGUGUUAGUUGGAAUCUCUAUAGUGUUGAUCACAAUACUGUUCUUCGUCCUGAAACCGGGAGGUUCUGACGGAAGCCGGAAGCAGAGCAAGUUUCCAAAAACCCUGCAGGAUCCAAAUGUGAAAUAUCCAUUGCCACUCACAGAGAAGGAGGAAAUCAAUCACGACACCAAGAAAUUCCGCUUUGGUCUUCCGUCCUCAUCACACGUACUUGGUCUUCCAAUUGGUCAGCAUGUUUACCUGUCUGCAAAGGUAAAUGGGAAUCUGGUUAUCCGAGCAUACACACCUGUGUCCAGCGAUGAAGACCGGGGAUACGUUGAUCUAGUAGUAAAGGUACACAUAAAAAAAACUCACCCAAACUACCCUGAUGGGGGUAAGAUGUCUCAGUACUUGAAUGACAUGAAGAUUGGGGACACCAUUGAUUUCAGGGGGCCAAACGGGUUGCUGGUGUACAAUGGAAACGGAAAAUUUGCCAUUCGACCUGAUAAGAAAUCCGAAGCUAAAGUGCGGAAGUUCAGUCACGUGGGGAUGAUCGCAGGGGGAACAGGCAUCACUCCAAUGCUUCAGCUGAUCAGGAAUAUAACUGCAGACCCAGAUGACCACACCAAGUGCUCCCUUAUAUUCGCCAACCAGACUGAAAAGGACAUACUGUUACGGAAAGAGCUGGAUGAGGUUUAUAAAGAGCACCCCGAUAAAUUCAAUCUGUGGCACACACUGGACCAACCCUCAGAAGGGUGGAAGUACAGCAAAGGCUUUGUUAACGCUGACAUGAUAAAAGAGCAUCUCCCGCCUCCGGCCAAUGAUGUGCUCAUCCUGAUGUGUGGUCCACCCCCCAUGAUCCAGUAUGCAUGUCUGCCAAACCUCGACAAGCUGGGGUACAAAACAGAGAACGCUUUUGCAUACUAAAUCCUCUGCCAAUAAUUACUGUAGUGCGCAGGGAUGUAAUGUGACAGCUUGUUGGUUUACAACUGUGUUGAAAUUAAUGGCACAUAUAGUGUAAUAAAACUUUGAUUAUUUCUUUUU